UGCAAAUCAAGAAAGGUAAUGUUAAAUUGCUCUCAUUCUUCGUUCUUUGUGUCCUUGGUGAAGACACUCAAAAUUGUCUGAACCCUUACGUAAUGUGCACUUCAUGGUGGAAGAGUCGCACUUUGAGAGUUCGGGGGGAUCCCAGGGAAAAGAAAUCCUUGCUGUCCAGCACUGAUUACUCGAUAUUGCAACGAUAAUCUCAAGUUCAUCUUCGAAGCGAACUCAUUCCUCACCAUGUCCGACCUCCCAUUACCCCAAUUCUACGCUCACUCCCUCGUCCCUCUCGCCCCCAUCUUCGAUGACACCCUUUCUCUCUCAUCCCCUGAAGCUCAGUCCACUUUAUCCAUCGCGCUCGAUAAACUAUAUCUCAUCCAACGCAUGCUCACGUCCCUCGGCGCAUUUUCUGAGAAUGAGUCAGUAUCCGAGGCCAGCAACGGACAACUACUUUUUAUGAGCAUUGGAUGGGCCAUUGGCUCCUGUGAAGAGAAGCGAAAUCCCGGCAGUAUGCCAGAGAGGAGAGAAGCUUUACUAAAAGCGGAAUACGCUUUCCAGGCAUUUGUAGAGUUACUGUCCUCGUAUGGUAUCCUGUCAUCGCAAGAAGCAUCCGAGUACUCUGUGGGUAACAGAGCCGGUCUUCCUAACGAUCCGGCCAAGAGACGCGAGGCAAAGAUUAAUCAGUACAAGAAAGAGAAAGAACUUCGUGAGAAGAUCAAUGCUGCCAUAUCACGCCGCAAGCAAGUGUCUGCUUCAACUCCCGUCUCUUUCUUGAUCUCUCUGUUGCCAGAACCUCCCGCUGAAGCAUCGACGGUUCAAUCAACACAGGCGCGGGAUGUGAAUGAAGAUGACAUGGCAGAAGAAUCUAGAGAAACCAUCAUCAACGUCCUGCGUCUUCUCUAUUCCUUAGCGCUGUCUUCUAUGGCUUCCAUGAAGAUGGAACUUGAUAUCCUCUCUUCUGCACCUCCUGUUGAUCCAUCCCAGGGUAUACCCCACACAGACCUGCGUCAAGGCGGAAGAGGGGAGAACGACGAUACUUGGCGCCUCGACCAGUUGCCGACAUCUUUGGCUCGGUCGUCAGAUCUCAUAUCCUCAAAAGGCAAAGUCUUACGACCUUUCACAAUCCUGCCAAGCGAUACUGGAGUAGCACAGAGAGAAAAGUUGAAGGCGGGAGUUUUCAAGCAGAGUUGGAGAUUGCCAACGAUGACUAUAGACGAGUACCUCGAUAUCGAAAGACAAAGGGGUAAUGUCAUAACUGGUGGCGGUCAAGCAUCUUAUGAUAAACCGACGGACUCUGAGCUGCUGGAAUUGGACUCGGAAAUGGAUGGUACAUUGCACGCUGAACAACAAGCUGAGCAUAAGCGAGAGAAAGAUGAAAAGUGGGCCCAAUACACGGAUGAUAACCCAAAGGGAUAUGGAAAUACAACGAACAAGGGGUAAAAGUGUGGACCAUACAUGGCAAUCAGCAACGCCAGGGCACCGUAUGGUUAGAUCUUGUCUCAAUAUUAUAAAUCAGAUUACACAAUGAAUGAGACAGAAACUUCCUUU